AUGACUAUUUUUGGCAAUUAAUCAGAGGGCUGCUAUUGGUCCGGGCCUCGGUUUUCCUCUCCGUUCCACUGAAAUCGUUGCAGAGUCGACCAGGUCGGGCGAAAGCGAGCGGUUCCUUCAGUUCAAGAAAUCUAGGGUUUCGGCCAUGGCCUCCACGAAUCCCGCCGCCCCGAAGGCCAGCGAUCAUGAAUCCGAAGGUUCGGUGCAGAAUACCGCCGACAUGACGGCGUUCGUUCAGAACCUUCUCGUGCAGAUGCAGACCAGGUUCCAGGCGAUGUCUGAGGGAAUAGUCUCGAAGAUUGAUGAAAUGGGGAGCAAGAUCGAUGAGCUGGAGAAGAGCAUCAAUGACCUCAAAGCCGAGAUUGACGCGGAACCCACGCCGAAGUCGAAUCUCGAAGAAGGCAAGCCUUCCGAUGAAUCUUCGUGAGUGAGCCACAUUGGAAGAUUGAUGGCAUUGUCUGAAUCAGGUCGAGAGUGACAUAUUGCUGUGGUCUUCUUGAGUUAUCUUUCAUGAGUUUGUGUGAGGAAUGUUUUCUCUUGUGUGCAUUCUAAUUUCAGGUGUUUUCGAGAUGAACUCCAUUUCAGAACAUGAGAAAAGCGUGUUAAUCAAUAA